AUGAAUAUGGAUACGAAUUACACAACUUGUUCCUAUCUCCUCUUCUUCACAUUCAUUACCAUCUUCCUUCUUCGUAGACUCUUCAGCUCCUCUAGCCGCCGCGAUGGUCUUCCUCCAGGUCCACGAGGACUUCCCAUUCUCGGUCAUAUGCAUCUCCUCCGGUCUAGCCUCCCUCGUUCACUACAAGCCUUGGCUCAAACGUACGGUCCUUUGAUGACCAUACGCAUAGGAUCACUACGAGUCCUCGUUGUCUCAGAUUCCGACACGGCUAAGCAAAUCCUCAAGACUCACGACCCUGAUUUCGCUUCCAAGUUCGUGUUUGGUCCGAGACAGUUUAAUGUUUACAAAGGAUCAGAGUUCUUCAAUGCACCUUAUGGACCUUAUUGGAGGUUCAUGAAGAAGCUAUGCAUGACUAAGCUUUUUGCGGGUUAUCAGCUCGAUCGGUUCGUUGAUAUAAGAGAGGAGGAAACGUUAACUUUACUGAGAUCGCUAGUUGAGAGAUCGAAAAAUAAAGAGGCGUGCAAUCUCGGUUUGGAGUUUACUGCUUUGACCACAAAGAUCCUAUCAAAGAUGGUUAUGGGGAAACGUUGCAGCCAAAACUCGAAUCUUCCCAUAGAGAUCAGGAAGAUAGUGAGCGAUAUUAUGGCUUGCGCCACAAGGUUUGGAUUCAUGGAGCUGUUUGGACCAUUGCGAGAUCUAGAUGUGUUUGGGAAUGGUAAGAAGCUUAGAUCCUCCAUCUGGCGGUAUGAUGAGUUGGUUGAGAAGAUACUGAAGGAAUAUGAAACUGAGAAGAGCAAAGAUAAAGAAGUGAAAGAUAAAGAUAUCGUCGAUAUCUUGUUAGACACUUAUAAUGAUCCAAAAGCUGAGCUCAAAUUGACUAUGAAUCAGAUCAAGUUCUUCAUCCUUGAGUUGUUCAUGGCGAGCUUAGAUACAACUUCUGCAGCUUUACAAUGGACAAUGACUGAGCUAAUAAACAAUCCGGAUAUCUUCACAAAGAUCAGAGACGAGAUCAGAUCGGCUUUAGGAACAACGUAUCGGUUAAUCAAAGAAUCAGAUUUGCAGAAGCUACCUUAUUUGCAAGCAGCUAUCAAGGAGACAUUGAGACUUCAUCCAGUAGGACCAUUACUACGCAGAGAAAGCAACACAGACAUGAAGAUCAACGGGUACGAUGUAAAAUCCGGGACAAAGAUUUUCAUCAAUGCUUACGGUAUAAUGCGCGAUCCGACCACAUACAAAGAUCCUGACAAGUUUAUACCUGAGAGGUUUCUUGUGGUGGAAGAAAACAUAGAGAGAAAGAUGGGCUAUUACCAGCAAUAUAUGUUGGAGUUAAAAGGUCAAGAUGUGAAUUAUCUUGCGUUCGGGAGUGGAAGGCGAGGAUGUCUUGGAGCUUCUCACGCUUCUCUGGUGCUGAGUCUCACAAUAGCAUCACUCGUGCAGUGUUUUAACUGGACGGUGAAGGGAGACAAAGAUAAAUUCAAGAUCAUAUUACCUACCGGCUUUUCGGCUUCAGGCACUGCUGGAGGAAGCUCACUUACGUGUUCUCCUGAAUUAUGUUUUGAUCCAUUUGGACACAAAAUUGAAUAAACAUCAUUAGGAAUUUGGAAACA